UAAGCCUUAUAUGCGAGUAUUUCAAAACGGACCAAAUACAACUAUAUAUAGUAAGUAUCUCCUAUUCUAACUUCUAAGCCUUAUUAAUAAAAAACCAAAGAAAAAAAUGUUGCCUAGUUUUAAAGAUUUAGAAGCAAAGGUAAGAUUCAAAUCUAAAGAAUCUUUUACAGAGGUAUUUGAUAAUUGGCUGAUACUUCAAAAGCGGAGCCUAGAUGAGCUGAGGUCAGCCGCGAAGGCUUACCCCGAGUUAAUCAUAACCGAAUCACACAAUGAGUCAACUCAAAAACUCGCGGAGCUCGUGAACCGAGUCAUGAGUCACUACAAGAAUUAUUACCGAGUCAAAUCCGAGUCAAUGAAACAAAACGCCCUGCAGAUGUUAUCUGCUACAUGGAGGUCGAAUCUUGAGAGUGCGUUCCUCUGGAUAGGUGGGUGGAGACCAAGUAUGGCUUUUCAUUUAUUAUUCUCAAUCUCCGGGUUGCAACUCGAAGAUCAACUCAGUGAGUUGAUACAGGGGUUGGAAACGGGCGAUUUGAGAGACCUUUCAUCGAGUCAACUCAUUAAAGUCAACGAGCUACAACGUCAAACAGUUAAGGAGGAGAGGGAGUUGACUGAAUCCUUAGCUUCACAACAAGAGACAGUUGCUGACUCGUCCAUGGUUGAGCUCUCACGUGACGCUACUGCAUUAACAUGUGAUAUUAACUCCGGAGUUCGUGAGCGAGUUGGAAAUGGUGAGUCAGUGAGUGAACGAGUUGAGAUAAUACUUGAGUCUAAAGAGGAUAAGUUAGAAGAAAUAUUUAGGAAGGCAGAUGAUCUACGGUUGAGAACAUUAAAGAAAGUGGUGGAAAUCUUUAGUCCAAUCCAAGCCGUUCAUUUCUUGAUAGCAGCUGCUGAGCUUCAUCUUAAGGUGCAUGAAUGGGGAAUGAAGAAAGAUGCACAACUGCAUUAAUUAUUAAUUAUAGAAUAAUAAUAAUUUCAGAAUCUUAAUCUAUAAUUAAUAUUUAAUUAUAAAUUAUGCAAGAUAAUUAUAAAUAGUUUUCGUGCGUGUUACUACUUACUACUAGUGAAUGUCUUUUUAAAGGAAUGAUUCGCCUAUUAAUAAAGAAAACAAUUCCUAUUUUGGUGCUAAUUGAAAAAAAUUUCCUAAAG